CGUCGUCGUAGGACCGCUUUCACGAGCGAGCAACUUUUAGAAUUGGAGAAGGAGUUCCACAGUAAAAAGUACCUUUCUCUUUCUGAAAGGUCUCACAUUGCACAUCAGCUCAAACUCAGCGAGGUUCAGGUAAAAAUUUGGUUUCAAAAUCGUAGAGCCAAAUGGAAAAGAGUGAAAGCCUGUAGUGUUGAGAAAACAAAAAUAGUGGUCCCAAUUCCGAUACAUGUAAAUAGACUGGCUGUGAACAGAGGGCAACAACAACAACAGCAUCCA